AUGCGCUUCCCGACGAGCUAUGCCCUGCUAGCAGCUGGCCUGGCCCAGGCGCAACAGUAUCUCGUCAACGAUAUCAGCUUCGGCACUGGCGCGAGGAUAAGCCCCGAAGGCUCCCAAUCGAUACCCAACUUUGCUCUCCAAGGCCGCCCGCUCGUGCCCGAAUUACUCUCGGACCGCGUCAUCCUCACGCCCGUGGCGCCCGGCAACCAGCGCGGCGCAGUGUGGGCGGACAAGACACUGCAGAACCAGAACUGGGUGACCGAUGUCGAGUUCCGCGCUAGCGGCCCGGAGCGUGGCGGCGGCAACUUCAACAUCUGGCUGGUGCGGGAUGGUCCCAGCUCUGUUGGGUCCGACAGUGUUUACUCGGCGGGCCGCUUCGAAGGGCUGGGCCUGGUCGUCGAUCAGCACAGCGGGUCGGGCGGCAUGCUGCGGGGGUUCUUGAACGACGGCACAACCGACUUCCGGAACCACCAUAACGUGGACAGCCUAGCGUUCGGCCAGUGCAGCUUCACGUACCGCAACCUGGGCCGGCCGACCCAGAUCAAGCUGCGCCACACGGAAAAAGAAUUCAGCGUCGAGGUCGCCGGCCGGUCGUGUUUCAAGACCGACCAGGUCCGUCUUCCGAGCGGGUACAACUUCGGUCUGACCGCGGCUUCUGCCGACAGCCCGGACUCGUUUGAGGUCUUCAAGCUUGCCGUGCUUACAGAAGAUAACAACCAGCAGCAGCAGGCACAGCGGAAGACACGGCCGGCACACCUAGACCAGCAGAACCAGGACCAGGACCAGGACCAGAAACAGUUCAAGAAGCCGCGUAUGGUCUUUGGCCGCAGCGGGCAGACCGUCGCCGAAGACCCCUACGACAAUGUGAUCCCGGACGAAGAAGCCGAGGACAUAGUCUCUUCCAAGGCGCAGUUCGCCGACCUGCACAACCGCCUGCAAUCAGUCAACCACCACCUGUCGACCAUCUUCCGGUCGAUCGGCAAGAACGCCAACACGGACGAGGCGCGGCACGCCGAGCUCUCGUCGAUGAUCGACGACCUCAAGGGCUUGAUGGGCCGGCUUGAGAAGGUGGACGUGCUCGAGCAGCGGAUCCGCGACCUCACGAGCGAGAUGCGGUCGACGCGCCAGGAGAUGGCCGGCCGGCUGCGGGACUCGGAGGCGAGCAUCCGCGAGCAUGUGACGGACCGGAACGAGGUUGUGCGGUCGCAUGCGCACAGCACGCACACGCGGUUGAUCUGGAUCGUGGUGGGCAGCCAGGUGGUCGUGUUGGGGGCGUAUGUGUACUACAAGAGGAGGAAGACGACCCCGAAGAAGUAUUUGUAA